AUGCUGCUAGUGUCCAUCGCCACUUCGGCCCUGAUGCCGCGCGCCUCUCUGGCGCUCUCGUCGCCGGGUGCUGCCGCCAUGCGUGCUCGGCCGACGAUGCUGGCCGACGCCGCGCAGCUGGGAAGCGCGCUGCUGGCAAACGGGGCGGCGGCGCAGGACUUCACCCCCUUGCUGCUUGGGCAGGCCGGCGUGUGCGGCAGCAUGCUCGUCGGCGGCUACGGGCUCGAAAAGUUUGGCGACGUCCCAGAGCCAAAGGAGGUGGGUGCGGAGGACGGCGCGGUUGACAUCUACCGCGACUCGCCGCUGCGGUACUGCGGCUAUCUCAACGAGGUGGGCGAGGCCUUCCGCCCGCUUAUCCCCGUGGAGAUUGUCUACCUGUCGCGCGGCCGGAUGCGCACCCCCAAGCGCGCGACCGGCCGCCUCCCCGUGAAGCUUCUCGGAACCUUCGUGCAGGCGCCGUGGCUCGCGAGCGUCGUGUUCCCGUCCUUUUGCAUCAACCGGCUCGUCGUCAUCCUCGUCUCGCUGCAGGCGCAGGCGUACUGCCCCGAGGCGCUGCAGGGGGCCGGGGGAUAUCCAGACGAAAAACAUGUGCCGUAG